UUCAGAGACAUCCAGAUAUGUGUCACAAAGAUGUCCACACGCGGCUGCCAGGGAACCGACUCUGUCAUCAAGCCCCUGGACACCAUCCCUGAGGACAAGAAGGUGAAAGUUCAGCGCACACAGAGCGGCUUUGACCCCUUUGAGAAGCCCACCAGUCAGGUGAAGAGGGUCCAUUCUGAGAACAAUGCCUGCAUUACUGCCAAGAGCUCAUCAGCCAGCAAAGAGUCACCCAAGCUACGCCGACAUUCAAGUCCAAGUUCUCCCACAAGCCCCAAGUUUGGAAAGGCAGAUUCAUAUGAAAAGCUUGAAAAGCUGGGAGAAGGUUCAUAUGCGACAGUUUACAAAGGAAAGAGCAAGGUGAAUGGAAAGCUGGUGGCUCUGAAAGUGAUCCGUCUGCAGGAGGAGGAGGGCACACCCUUCACUGCUAUAAGAGAAGCAUACAGACCUGUGUCAAUACAUGGACAAAUAUCCUGGGGGGCUCCAUCCGGACAACGUGAAGCUCUUCCUCUUCCAGCUGCUAAGAGGCUUGUCUUACAUCCACCAGAGGUACAUCCUUCAUCGUGACCUGAAACCACAAAACCUUCUCAUCAGUGACACCGGGGAGCUCAAACUAGCUGAUUUUG